UUUCUCUCUCUCUCUCAAAAAUAGAUAAACAUUAAAAAAAAAUUUAACUCAUUCAUUCACUAGUCCACUCAUUUAAGAAAUAUUUGUUGAGUACCUACUGUGUCACUGGGGGUACAGAAUCCACAGAGACAGUCUUUAUCCUCAAAGUCUUCAAGGUCCAGAGGGAGAAUCAUACUCACAACCAUAUAAUGGUAAGAUAACAAGUGGGGUGCAAAGAUCGACCAUGCUUGAUGCAGAGAUUGAUGAGGUGUGCAGUGGGGGGCAGGGGAGCCCAAGGAUAGCUCUCAGCUUUCUGGUCUGCACAAAUAGGUGAACGGUGGUGGUGUUCACAGAGACAUGAGACUAGGAAAACACAAGGAGGAGCUAGGUGCUCUGCUUGGGGGUCUGAUGAGUUUGAGGUGCUAUUGGAACAUCACAGCAGAGAUCUCCAACAAAUCUUCAGCUUAAGGGAGAGAGAGAUCUGAACUGGAAUUAGAGAUCUGAGGAUCAUUGGCACAUCGAGAUGGAGUCUUGAAUGUAUAUAGAGUGAUCUCUGCUGCAAGUAACAAGAGUAAUUACACUAUGAUGCCCUUUGUUAUCUCACAUCCUAAAUAGUCAGGGGUGGGGGACAGCUCCAGGGGCAGGUAAACUGGUAGCACAGUGAUGUCAUCAAUGACCAGGGCGUUAUCUAUAGUACUUUUUUGCUGUUUUCAGGGAGUGGAUGUCUUCCUGAGAUUUGCCUGCCAUCUUGGUUGCAGGAUAGCUGCCCUACCCUCUUACAGCCCCAUUCAAGGCAAGAAUGAAGCUUUCCUUUGGAAUUUCACUUUUCAUCUGGUGGGGGGAGGGGAGGAUCCUUCAUCUUUAGCCCACUUCCGUGAGUCCUUGGGUCUCCGAGGCCAUAACUGUGUCACUUAGGCAAAGGAGAAUGGGAUUAUGUUGACAGGUUUAAGGCUUAGUCUCCUGGGGCCUUGGAGAAGUCCACCUCCCUGGAGAACGGUGCUGAUAUCUGAACAAGGCUGUGUGAGCAAGGAAGAAGAGAUGGCCUCUUUUCAACCCUCCCCCUUCUUCCGACCCAUAGCUGACUUGGCAGUGUUGACCUGCAGUUCAGUAGAGUCAAGCACAUCUGGAUUCAUAUCCUAGAGCCAUUUCUUCCAAUCUGUGUUACUUCAUGUCAGUUAUUUUAUUGUUUGUCCUGGAGUUUCCUUAUCUGCGGAAUGGGAAUAGAACAGUUCUUACGUUGUUGGCUGUUGGGGUGCUGAAAUGAAACAAUGCAUGCGAAGUGCUUAACACAGUCCCUGGCACUUGGUAAGUGCUCAGCAAAAGCUAGCCAUUAAUAUUUUGGGGGGGACCACCCUCUCCUUAAAAUUCUCCAGCCUCAUGGGGUGCCUGGCUGGCUCAGUAGGUGGAAAGCGUGACUCUUGAUCUCGGAGUUGUGAGUUUGAGCCUCAUGUUGGCUGUAGAGAUUACUUAAAAAAAUAUUCUUAAAAAAAAAAAAAGCUAGGUGCUCUGCUUGGGGGGUAUAAUGAGUUUGAGGUGCUGUUGGAACAUCACAGCAGAGAUCUCCAACAAAUCUCGUCCUCCUGUCCUCUGGGCCUCUCCUUCUUCUGUGACUGGUUACUACUCCUCUUCUUCUCACUCCCAUUUUCUUCCCUUCCCAAAGUUGGUUGGCUCCUCUGCCCUCACCACUCACUGGACCUUGUCUCAAGGUUCCAAGGCUCUUCUCCAGGCUGAGGUGAUCCAACCUACCCUCCUACCGCCCUUUUUUCAUGGGACCCUGGACACUGCUGUAUGUUCUACAGCCUUUAGGCUUAUCCUGAGGCCUGCUGUCACUGCUCCCACUCUCGUCCCGGCCCCUGACACUGGCUGGCCCCAUAUCCCUUUGCAUGAGAUUCUCCCUUAAAAAUAGUCAUUGGAACUGCUCUAAUGACUUCCAUCUGCCACCACAGAAGAUGUCCAGAAAAACAUAGAGACAAAUUUAAAUUUGUGCAGAGAGGAGAGGGGAGCGUCUGGAUAACCUCUACGUGUCCAGGUAGGGUUUUGUGGCCCCACGUGAUGGCUAUUUCUGCUUGUCUCCCUCCCUAGGCUGUGAGCUUCUCAGGGCAGGAAAAGCAUUACUCACCCAUCUGUCACCCUGGUGUCUGCUGUAUAGUUAGUACUCAGAAAAAUGUCUGAUGAAUGAAAAGGAUUCGUGGCUUUGCCACUGACUUUCGAAGUGACUUUGAAUAAGGCCCUUUCUUUCCCUAGACCUCAGUGUCAAACUCUAUAAAACAAGGGUUCUGCACUAUGUCUCAAGGAAGCCCUUUCAUCAUUAAAGUGAACUUAGUGGUCAGUGGACGCAGGAGGGAUGGGCUAGCUGGGGUGGGGUGUGAAGGUCUCUAGCAACAUGCUGUGCUCAGGGAUGGGGUCAGAGAGAGGGACUGCCCAGACUCCUCUUCUUGAGUACUUGGGAGCUAGUCAGUACUCUAGAGGAGGGGAUUUAGGGCAGUGAGGGAUCACUGGCUAUUAACCCUGCAAAUCCCAGUAGCCCACUCCUUGGGUCCCAUAGCUGGCUUACCAGGCUGGCAUGGGAGGAAGACUAGUUUCUGCAGGAAAUUCUGGUACCCACUCCUCCCCCCACGCCUGCCCAUGAACAGGCUGUUCUUGUUUACGACCCUCCUCCCAGGAGAACAGUGAUUGCUCAUCCCUACAUGUGAUUUGAGAGGGCCGGUCUUUCAGGCCUGGAGGAAACUCAAGCCCCAGCCAGCCACUUGGCAUCGGAAUGUUCAGCUGGUCCCCUCCUGGGGCUCAUGUGACCAGGACCCAGCUAUAAAUAUCAGAGGGGCCGCAGACCAAGACAGAAUUCGGGCGCCAGGAGAAGAAGGCAAAGAGGCUCUGGCUGGGUACUUUGUGACAAAGGCAAGACCCCAGGUCUACUUAGAGUGAGGCAGGUGAAGGAGGCAGCCAGGUGAACCCCCAAACCUCCUGACAAUAUGGAUUAUAAGUCAAGCCUGAUCCAGGAUGGGAACCCCAUGGAGAACCUGGAGAAGCAGCUGAUCUGUCCCAUCUGCCUGGAGAUGUUUACCAAGCCGGUGGUCAUCUUGCCGUGUCAGCACAACCUCUGCCGGAAGUGUGCCAAUGACAUCUUCCAGGCCGCCAAUCCCUUCUGGACCAAUCGGGUCGGGUCUGUGUCCAUGUCUGGGGGCCGUUUCCGCUGCCCCUCCUGCCGCCACGAGGUGAUCAUGGAUCGUCAUGGAGUGUAUGGGCUGCAGAGGAAUCUGCUGGUGGAGAACAUCAUUGAUAUCUACAAGCAGGAGUGUUCCAGUCGGCCCCUACAGAAGGGCAACCACCCCAUGUGCAAGGAGCACGAAGAUGAGAAAAUCAACAUCUACUGUCUCACGUGCGAGAUGCCCACGUGCUCCAUGUGCAAGGUGUUUGGGGCUCACAAGGCCUGUGAGGUGGCCCCGCUGCAGAGCGUCUUCCAGGGACAAAAGACGGAGCUGAGUAACUGUAUCUCCAUGCUGGUGGCGGGGAACGACCGAGUACAGACCAUCAUCACUCAGCUGGAGGACUCCUGUCGGGUAACCAAGGACAACAGCCACCAGGUGAAGGAAGAGCUGAGCCAGAAGUUUGACGUACUGUACGCCAUCUUGGACGAGAAGAAGAGCGAGUUGCUGCAGCGGAUCACGCGGGAGCAGGAGGAGAAGCUCAGCUUCAUCGAGGCCCUCAUCCAGCAGUACCGGGAGCAACUGGACAAAUCCACUAAGCUGGUGGAGACAGCCAUCCAGUCCCUGGACGAGCCCGGUGGGGCCAUCUUUCUCUUGAGUGCUAAGAAACUCAUCAAAAGCAUUGUGGAAGCUUCCAAGGGUUGCCAGCUGGGGAAGACAGAACAGGGCUUUGAAAACAUGGACUACUUUACCUUGGACUUAGAGCACAUAGCAGACACCCUGAGGGCCAUCGACUUUGGGACAGAUGAGGAAGAGGAAGAGUUCAUUGACGAAGAAGAUCAGGAAGAGGAAGAGUCCACAGAGGGAAAGGAAGAAGGACACCAGUAAGGAGCUGGAUGCGGGAGAGACCUUCUAGAUGCAGAGAGACUGGGGAGGGUGGGG